AUGAGUGGUGGUUUAACCUACUUUAAUGAAGAUUUUCCAGUCUAUUCUGAUUUGAUAUCCACCAUUAAUGAUCAAUUGCAAUCUAUUGAUAAUCUGCAUGUUAUCACUUGCACAACAGAAAAUAAAAAUAAUAUUGCCUAAUAUUUAAGAGCAAAAAAUGCAACAAUGGCUAAAUAUCUGAUUCAUCUCAAUAUGUACUUAUUACAUAAACUCAAUUAUGGAAAUUUGGAUGAGUUUCCUGUUGAUUAGUUAAUAGAAGAUAAAAUUUUAUUGCAGAAAAUUAUUUAAGCUUAAAAAAAAUUAUAAUAUUCCAUUGACAAAUUAUCAAAAUAUUAAGAAACUUAGAUCAAUGAAGACGAUUAAAUUGUUGAUUAAGUGGAGAAAUUAACCCUCAAGCCUAGGAUAGAGAAUCUUCAUAAAGACGAAGCUAAUGAUAAAAUCAAUAAUCCAAAUUAAAAGUAUGUGCCACCAAAACUAGCAGCAACACUUUCAAAAAGUGAUUUAAAUAAAUAAAAAUAAGAGAGAAGGGAGGAGCUUAGAAAAACAUAACAAAAAGCUAAAUUAAUUAAGAGUAUACUGGAUGAUUAAGAAGUAUCAAUAUAUGCUAUAAUUUAAUUAGACUGAUAAACCAAAGGAAAUGACAGAGAGAGACUUAUAAUAAUUGUAUUAUGGAAGGGCUGAAGAUGAAAAACAAAUAGAAAAAAGGAAAUAUGAAGAAGAUCAUAUGACAAGGCUGCCUACUACAAGGGAUGAGAAAAGAAAGGAAAGAAUAGCUGAAAGAAAGGCCAAUGUGACAAGGCUGGACGACUUCUAAGAAUUUGAGACCAUAAAUAAAGUGCUUAAUAAAGGAACAAAGAAAAUAAAGAAACCACAAGGGUAGAAACUCAAAGGAAGCAUGAAAAAAAUUGUCAAAAGAAAAAGAAGAUGA